UUAUGUGCAGCCCUGAUUCAUAAACAAGCUUUGACGAAUUUGCGGACUUGGCGUCUCAUUCCCCUCUUGACUGUUCAGCCGAAGAUACCUCUAAGCCCAACAAUCUCAGUUGGUAAGAAAUUUCAUCUAGCAGUUGAAAACAUCGACGAUGUCAGAUAACACUGGAGGAGAUCUGACGAUGCGGAAUGAUCAAGGACACCUACAGGAGGAGCAAGGGCCGUCGGAAUCAGGUUCUGCCGGUAAAUCUCAGGGGAUCCUCGGAUCGGAGCCGGUCAGACAAAUGUGGAAGCACGUUCAAUUGGGGACGACCUCGGGCGACGGGAAGACAAAGAACGGCGCUCAGCUUUUGACCUUAGCCCACGGCACGUCCGUCCACUCCCCUCAAAACAUCGGCUCCAACAAUCAGCCGAUCAAUUUGAGAGCGGAUAAAAGAAUAUGCCCCGACACUGAUUGUCACGUUUCGGACCAUUUGAAACACGUGAAGUACGUGCAAAAAGCAGACCAUUCGGGUGCGGAUGCGACGAUGAACUCGGACGCUGGAAGCAGACCCGGGCAGACGCCGAACCGCGGGAUGUUGAGCCAAGCCGGCCACGUGCAACACGCGGCCAUACACAGAUUCGUCCAAGAAAAGCUGAACACCAUGAGUCUAGACACGAUCAACUCUUAUCUGCGCCGACACCGCGUGCAACACACUCGUCGGCAGAAAUCUGCCCUCCUGGCGGAACUGCUCGCCGAUGAGAGCGAAGAUCCGAGCGGUCACGCAUCGGCUUCUCAGACUCCUACGGGAAGAGGACAGCGAAUAAAUCCAAACCAACAAGUGCCCUAUUCUCACGUCAAAACCAGCAAGUUCGAAAACGGUUUGAUCUACGACCCGAAGGUCGACAGCGAUAUCGAAGGAGAAUCGUGGACAAGAAACAUACUAUCGCCGAUCACUGGAAAAAUGAACAUCCUCUCCUACAGUUGGAAUGUAAUAAAAUCCGAAGACGGUACGGACGAAUACAUCAUGGAAUCAGCGACAAGGGUCCGUCCGAAAGCCGGGCCAGAAUCAAACAAUGUGCACUUUCCUCGGCCGAACGUCAAUUCGGGCAAUAAUCCAGUCGAAGUCGACAGAACGCAAACUCUAGACGAAAAGGCCAACAUUGUGAAUGUAGCACCGUCGACCAGCUACAACGCCCCUGUAGAUAACGUCGAUAACAAUAAAGCCCGGACCGGAGCAGCAGCGCUCGCCCAGUCUUUCAAACAGCAUCUACACAGGGCUACCGACCAAAACCAUCUAUACCAGACUGUUUUCGUGGACUUGACUCAAGACGAAGAGGAAAAUCAGCGGCAGCCGAGGCAGGAAACGGCGAGAGUCCUCAACCCGCAACGCGGUGGUUCUGUGGUCCAAGGUCCGAAUUCACGGCCCAUACUCACCAUAAGACAGGGGCCGGUCGCAAGCGGAUAUCAAACCCAAAUGGAUUAUCCUCCGCCUCCUCCGGGUUACUGGCAGUCCGCACCGCCCCAGUUGGUACCACCUCCGCCUUUCGCCCCUCCGCACAUGUUCAAUUUCUCCGUAGCUCCACCGGGGCCGCCGGGCAUCUUUCCUCCGCAGUUAGCACCGCCUCCUUUGGGAGGGUUGCCUCCUUUCUAUCCCGCUCAGCACGUCCCGAACUUCCCACCGGAUCCUUCUCAGCAGAUGCAAGGUUUCGGGGCUCCUUGAAUAAACAUAUUUACAUCCAAUGAUUUGAUAUUGGUCUAAUAAGUUAAAACAAACGUGUGCUAAAAAUUAAUUUUAUAUCCUGACACUUUUUUUUUUUCAAAAUGUAAAAGUUAAUUUAAAUUGUAAGAAAUAUUUCCAACUUCUAGAAACUUUCA